AUGGGAAAAUUGAAUGAGAGUAUUAGAAACACUAUCUUAGAAAAAGCUCCAAAGAAUGCAAAGUAUACUUCUCCGGAUAUUCAGAAAGAUGUAUUGAAUGUUAUUGUCAACCAAGUGAGAACAAAGAUUCGCCAGGAAAUUGGGGAUGCCAAAUUCUUCAUUUUAGUUGACGAAGCAAGAGAUGCAUCUAACAAGGAGCAGAUGGCUCUUGUGUUAAGAUUUGUGGAUAUUGAUGGGUUUUUACGAGAAUGGUUCUUUACCAUUGUAAAUGUGCAUAAUACAACCGCUGCAACACUUAAGAAAGAAAUAUCUGAUACUCUUGGUCGUUAUGACUUGCAUAUCCAUAACAUGAGGGGACAAGGAUACGAUGGUGCUAGCAAUAUGCGUCGCUCUUGGAAUGGAUUACAGGCUCUUUUUUUGAAAGAUUGUUCAUGUGCAUAUUAUGUACAUUGUUUUGCUCAUUGGCUUCAACUAGCAUUAAUUGCGGUUGCCGAAAAGGAGAUGGAAGCUCGUUACAUAUCUAGUAGAAGUCGUUCUUGUCAACAAAAGGAUUCGAUUACAGUUAAGUACCACUAUCAAUUUGAUGUAUUUGUUGCUGCAAUAGAUUUUAAAAUUGAAGAGCUCAAUAGUAGAUUCAAGGACAAGACAGUCGAACUUCUUAAGCUCAGUGAUGCUUUGGAACCUAAAGACAACUUUAAACUUUUUAAUGUUAAUCACAUCUAUCAACUUGCUGAGAAAUUCUAUCAUCUAAAUUUUGAUGCACAAGAUUUGCACCACUUGAGAACACAAUUGGCUCACUAUGAGCUUGACAUGCCUAUCAAUGAAAGAUUUUAG